AAACUGUUCCAAAACUAUAACCCUUAUUAUAUUUCCCACAGUUCAUAAUAUUCCAUUGGGUACCAAAUUUCAAUUCAACCAAAAGCCCUAAUUUUCUUUCUACCUUCGCUCCUUCCUAUCGUAGAUCUUCACUCCUCACAACUUUUAGGGUUUCUUCCAUCUUCCACAAACAAUGCAUAAAUUGGGGAGAGGUCAUCGGGAUAAACUCCAGCAGUUCGUAACGAUAACCGGAGCUAGCGAGAAAGUAGCAAUGCAGGCUCUGAAGGCUAGUGAUUGGAAUCUUGAAGGAGCGUUUGAUUAUUUUUAUAGCCAGCCUCAGCUUAGAACUUUCACUGAUUCUAGACACUUGGAGGAGCUAUACAAUAGAUAUAAAGAUAAAUACAUUGAUAUGAUUUUUGCAGACGGUAUCACUCUCCUUUGCAACGAUAUCCAGGUGGAUCCUCAAGACAUAGUAAUGUUAGUUCUUUCAUGGCACAUGAAGGCAGGCACUAUGUGUGAAUUUUCCAAGAAGGAGUUCACUGAAGGCUUACAAUCUUUGGGGAUUGAUUCGCUGGAUAAGUUCCGUGAAAAGAUACCAUCUAUGCGCUCUGAGCUGAAAGAUGAACAAAAAUUUCGUGAGAUAUAUAACUUUGCUUUUGGCUGGGCAAAAGAGAAGGGUCAAAAAUCUCUGGCUUUGGAUACAGCUAUUGGAAUGUGGCAAUUAUUAUUUGCCGAGAAGCAGUGGCCACUGGUUGAUCAUUGGUGCCAAUUCCUGCAGGCUCGGCAUAACAAAGCAAUAUCUAGGGAUACAUGGUCUCAACUUUUGGAGUUUGCAAAGACUGUUAGCUCAAAUUUAUCUGAUUAUGAUGCCGAAGGUGCUUGGCCGUAUCUUAUUGAUGAGUUUGUCGAUUAUCUGAAAGAGAAUGGUGUUAACCAACAUGGUCAGAUCAAUGAUUCUAGUCUAAAUUAAUGAUACAUUGGGUAAAAUUAUAUAUAAGAAAAUUGAUCUCUGGCCUUCUAUGAUGGACUCCUCAUUGUUAAAGGGUGCUUCAAUCUAAAUAUGCAAAAUGAAGAGGACUUGGCUGCUAAGUAGCAUAAUUUUAUAGUGAGAUUAUUUGUGGUACAUGAAAUUCUGGAAUAGUAAUGGGAGACUUCUGAUACAAUGUUGUCUCUUUUAACAAUGUAUUCCUGUACAAUGUCUGGUUAGAUAAAAUAUUUUGAAAUUGUCUGGGGAAAAUUGCUAGUAUAUGUGAUACCAUUUUACUUGGAA